GUCUCCACAGGUGGGGGAAAUCCAAAACAGGAAAAGUUUUGAGAGAAUUAAACGAAUACAAUUAUCUUUAUUACAAACAGAGUGAAUACUUUGUGAAAAAUAGCAUAUUUAUUUGGCAUACUAUUUAUUUAAUCACCAUUUUAUGCACAAAGAUUUUUUGAGACUCAUCUUACGAACGACCUAGCUAAGAAUAUCAUGACGUCACAGAGCGGGAACUGUCUUUUCUAAAGGUCUUGGAUGAGAGAAAUGCCACUCACAAUUUGCACUAAUCUGAGAAGGUUGUCUGAUUGAAUGUGUGGGACGGACAAACCUGUUUUGUCAGGGACUUGUCUACCUGUGUGAAAACAAAAGCAGAGGGUCCAGAAUUCUACAGAUGAUGUGAUGAGAGGGAAUGCAGUUUACUGAAGAAUACAAGAAAAGUGGAACUUACUUUUGAAGCAAAAUGAAUUUACCCCCCAACAUACUGAAUGCUGUACAAGUUUGGGACUCUUGGGCUGAGUCAAGAAAGAGGAACGCGGAUGACCCAGUGAUUCCACUGUGUAAAGAUCUCCAGACAAUCGGGCCUCAGCAAUUCAGCACUAUAAUAUCUAAGUUUGUGAUGGAAGUGAAAGUGAAAAAAAAACCACUCUCAAAAUAUAUUACCAGAAUCCUUUCAAAUAUCCAGCAAUAUCUCGACAAGCAAGAAAAUAGUAAUGCUUUAUUUGGUAAUUAUGAGCUGUUUAAUAGCAGAGUGAAAGAGAUCAUAGCACAAAGAAUUGCUAUUAAAUAUAACUUUUUAUCUGAAAGCACGGAAAAGCAGUUGUGGCAUGAUGCUGUUAUGGAUCACAAAUCUAAUGGAGGACUCAGCUACGCAAUUUUCUUUUACAAUGUUAAGAUAUUUGGCAUCACUUCUGCAAGGGAUCAUCAAAAUCUGAAACCUCAUUUCUUCACAUUCUCUGAAAAUGCACAUGGACAAUAUGUCUGGCUGAAUUGCACUAUGCUUUCAUCUUAUGAAACUAUUACGUCCCUGACAAAUAAGGGCAACACACCCUGUAAGAUCAUUCAUUAUGAAGAUCCAGAAAAUCCAAGGUCAUAUUACAAACUCCUGAAGAGGUACUUGGAUGCCAUAGCUAAAAAUGAUAAAAGUAAUUUCUACUUCAAACCAUGUUCUAAAAACCGUAAUGGAUUUACAGAUGAGGCUUUUGGAAAGAAAAGUAUUGCUUCCUGCAUUUGUGAGAUGAUGAGGACUGCAGGUUAUAGAAAUCAAUACAACAACCAAUCACUGAGACCUUUAAUGGACUUUGGUGGGAAAGAUGCUAAAAGUGUGUGCAAUGGAUAUGAAUAUAUGUGUUUUGCUAGGAGAACAUAUUACACCCACAGAAUACUUAAAGAAAUCAGCAAAAAAUUGGAUCCACCAAUGCCCCCCGAGCCCUUAGAUCCUGUAGUCACCUUGGCUUCUCUUGCACCCACUUCUACUGAAGAGGACAGGACUGUUCCUCAGCAACAUAAAAUCCUUAAAAGUAGGCAUGCACCACCUAAAUCACUAAAUCCUCCUCCUCAAAAAUGGCUGCGUAUUGAGGAGCCAUCUUGCACUAAUCUUUCUCGGGAUCUGGAGGUACCCCCAGUCAAAACGAAAGACCCCAACCAGUCAGGAGGGGUUACUGUAAAGACUGAAGUGUCAGAUUACAACAAUAACCCAGAAGCCACCUCUCAGGAAUGUUUCCUGCUGGAUACAUCUCCACAAUGUCACCUGAGAACCACUGUGGAUGUCCAUCAUGGCAGUUUUAACUUCAGACUGGCUGAGCUUCUCCCACCAGGAGCUAAGGACGUCUGCAUCGAGGGGACCAAGAGUGAUACAGAGGAACAGAUCCUUCUGAACAUUGAUUUCAGAGUUGGGUGAUUGUAGAUUCUUUAUUCACCAGAAGUCACCGUUGUAUGUAAGCAGUGGAAUAGCAUGUGAACUAAGUUUGUGUACAUAUAAAAAAAAAUGUUUAAAACAUAAUUUUUCAUGAAUGUUCCUUCAAUCCUUUGUUAUUACUUUGAUCAAGCAAUCAGAAUGUACUUCGUAUUCAUGUAAUAAUCAAAGUUUUGUAUAAGAGAAAAGUCACCUAUGACUGUUGGCCCAUUUGGCUCAUAUUUGAUUUUUUAAAUAAAUGUUUUUGUUUUUUUUCUGUCAGCUAAUGAAUUGAACAGCUGCAAUUAAUUUUUUUCGGUAAAAGAUUUUAUGCAUGAUUAUAUUUUUUGUAAUAGAAAGGAGU